UGCAAGCUAACAUUUAGGCACAGGGAUUUGCAGCUCUUUUGGGAUGCAGUGCAAUCCGUGUCACGUUUCAUGUUUAGUUAUUGUCUUAGUUAUGUUAUUGUCAUGUCACGUAUUAUGUUAGUCUAGUCUAUUAUGUUAGUUUUUAUGGGUUUUUUCCUGUUACAUUUAAUUUUUCAUGUCAUGUUACGUUUCAUGUUGACAUCACUUUACUUGCUGAACAAGUUUUUACUUGUAAAUAUUUAUGAUAGUAAAUAGUAUUUUUAUGUUAUGCAGGAAAAAUGCUUUACAUUGCUGACAUUGUCAAAUACUGAACCGCAUUUUUUAGUGGGAGACUGACAACGCUGUUGGCUGUCAGCCGGCUACAACUAUCAAGAGCGCGAAUUUGACAUACAUUCUGAUUUAAAAAUCAAAAAGGUUGCUGUUGCUGUAUUUACAGUUUUUGAAAUUAACAAAAGUGGAUUGAGGAUAACCGUGCUCAAAAACCUGACUAUCCGACUCAACGACUGACAUAUUUUGAACGAAUCGCAUCCAAGCUAAAGCCUGGUGUAACCGCUGCAGCAGUUUGUGUCUCAGAUCUGUCCGCACUUAUUUGUGUUGACAAUGAACACGGUCGACUACGACGACGACACAACAUUUCUGGGAGAAUGGGGAAGUUUUCAAAAAAUGAUCAUGGCACUGCUCUGUAUAAGCAUAACUCCCAACGGGUUCACCGCUAUGUCCAUAGUGUUCCUCGGUGACACACCGCCGCACCACUGCGCGAUACCCGCAAACGUCAAUAUUACCGCCGAAUGGAGAAACUAUUCUAUUCCACUGGAAGAAGAUAAUGGAAUGUUGAGAUACAGCAAAUGCACUCGAUACAAACUAGACGUAAUAAAACUUCUUUCAGACAAUAGAUCCGUGCCUGGAGUCGACGUGAAUGUUACUGAAAUAGAACAAGAAGGCUGCAAUGACGGGUGGGAAUACGACCGAGAAAUUUACGUAUCAACCAUCGUGUCCGAGUGGGAUCUGGUGUGUAGUGAUGCUUGGAAGGCCCCCUUGACUACCUCUUUGAUGUAUGCUGGAGUGCUAUGUGGAUCCUUUAUUUCUGGACAACUGUCUGACAGGUUUGGGAGGAAAAUCAUUCUGUUUGGAACAAUAGCGGUUCAGACUUUGUUCACAUUCUUCCAGAUUUUCUCCACCUCAUGGCUUAUGUUCUCGGCACUGUUCUUUGUCGUCGGGAUGGGACACGUUUCCAACUAUGUGGCAGCUUUUGUCCUCGGAGCAGAAAUUUUGAGUCCAAGAAUUCGGAUCAUAUACUCCACUGUGGGAGUGUGCAUUUGUUUUGCCUUCGGCUACAUGUUGCUUCCCCUGAUGGCCUUCUUCAUCAGAGACUGGAGAAUGCUGCUGAUUGCCAUGGGUGUUCCAGGAAUUUUCUAUUUCCCCCUUUGGAGGUUCAUCCCAGAGUCCCCCCGAUGGCUUCUCUCUCAGGGCCGGGUGGAGGAGGCGGAGGACAUUUUGAGAGGUGCUGCCAAGCAGAACAGAGUCAAAGCCCCGGAGGUCAUCUUUCAGCCUCUCCAGGUAGUAAAGGUGAAAAAAGUGAACCACCACAACAUCUAUGAUCUUCUGAAGUCCAACAACAUCCGCCAGAUCACAAUCCUACUGAGCUUUGUGUGGCUGGUAAUUUCCAUUGGCUACUUUGCCUUAGCUUUGAACACCUCCAAUCUGUCUGGAGACCCCUUUUUGAACUGUUUCUUCUCGGCGGCUGUUGAAGUCCCAGCCUACAUUUUAUCAUGGGUCCUAUUUCGCUCGUACCCAAGGCGACUGUGUCUCUCUCCCAUGCUGGUCCUCGGUGGAGCGGUACUGCUGCUCACACAGUUCAUACCAGGAGAUGUGAGUUCAGUAUCUACUGCAUUGGAAAUGGCAGGAAAAUUUGGGGUCACCGUGGCGUACACUAUCGCAUAUGCCUUCACGGCGGAACUGUACCCCACAGUCCUGAGGAACACAGCAGUGUGUGCCUGUUGCACAGUUUCUCGGCUGGGCAGUACUGCUGCACCCUACUUUGUCUAUCUGGGAACCUAUUACAAGUCCUUGCCAUACUUAUUAAUGGGGAGCUUCAUUGUUCUGGGGGGAUUGGUUAGCCUCCUGCUUCCUGAGACCUAUGGUAUGCCUCUCCCAGAGACCAUCGAUCACAUGCAGACUAUUCAAAGGUGUAAAAAGAGAAAAAAAUCCAAUAAUUUAACAGCGAUAGAAGAUGAAAACCUUCAAACUCCUGUAUCACCGAUCAGAAAUGCUCUUCAGGAGGCAGGUGUGGAUGUGGAACUACUGUCAGCAGAAGACUUCAUAAACCAAUCUACAAAGCCUACAAAGCACUAGUUAGCUGCAAAAACAGGAUGACCAGGUUACAGUUUACUAAGUAGUACAUACAAGAAAAAGGUAUUUUGGACAGAUGUGUCCAGAACUUUUUUGACAACAAUCUCAGCUUGCAUACCCAAGCAGAACCUCACCGCAGAGGUCAGGACAGCAGAGACUCUGACCACCUUUAAGCACAGACUGAAGACUCACCUCUUCAGGCUGCACUUCCCCCCACCCCUCCCUACCUCCCUGUAAUCUCUAAUUGACUGUUCGCUUUUUAUCUUUUAGUUCUCACAAUAGUGUGAGUCAUUAUUACUAGACUUGUUUUCACUAGGAUGGUUUUACUGCUACAACAUGACUGUUCAAUAGCACCUAAGGCCAAUUCACUCUCUCACAUUUUACAAACUGAAUGAUUAAAAAAAAUGUGAAGGUCUUGGUUUUCUGCCCCUAAAUAUUUGCAGAAUCAUUUCAAUCGAUUCUUGACUCAGUUAACUAUUAUAGGGUUAUAUCCCCCCCCUUGACAAUUAAAGAUGCCUUAGGGGACAUCGGUCAUCUAUUCUCCUUAUAUGCCUCCUCUGAAUUAGUUGUUUUGAGACAUGAACUGGAACAAAAGCAUGAUUAGAAAAGUAAAAGCAAAUGACUCUUUUUCUGACUGCAGUAAUAAUGCUUCUGUGUUCUGGAGAAUACUAAAAUCUCUGAAGAAUGGCAGUGUUUCCUCUAUUCCAUCUCAGAUAAAGGGCACCCAUGGUUGCAUCUCAAACAAAUUAGAUAUUUGUGAAACUUUUAAUAUUCAUUUAAUUUCUUUUGGUUACUUAUUCGAUGAGCUAGCUUCCAACAUUAUAUCAGAUGAGUUUAUUAAUAGACUAGAUACUGAACCUACUCCCAACUCAUCGUCUCAACCAUUUUAUUCAUUUCAUUAUUCUUCACGUCCCGUACCUUAUUUCCAAGUGUAUACAGCUUUGAAUCACAUUAACACGAAGGAAACAAUUGGAGAGGAUAAUCUUGAUGCUAGACUAUUGCGUGUCGGUGCAUCACUAAUUGUGAUUGCACUUGUUCCUAUUUUUUCUAUUUAACAUUUCUGUUGGGUACUAUUCCUAGUGUUUCGAAGGCUGCCCAUGUCACACCCUUACAUAAAGAUGGUUAUCCCACUGAUUUAAAUGAUUAUCGGCCCAUCUGUAAACUACUUUUUUUGCUUAGCAAAAAUAUUAAAAUAAUUUUUGAAUUCUCAAUUACGUCAUGCCCUUAUUGAUUGGUCUAACAUCCUGCAGCCUCAGCAAUCAGGGUUCAGGCCAGGACACAGUAUUAUCACAGCUACCACCUGUAUAGUUGCGUUCGAUAGAAAACAACACUAUGCUGCUCUUUUUGUUGACCUUACCAGAGCAUUUGAUACUGUUGACCAUAGCAUUUGAAUAAAUAAAUUGUCUGGAUUGGGUAUGGAGGAGUUAUACAUAUCAUACAGGGAGAACUGUCACUGAUGGUCUUACAUUAGACUUCUAUGAUAUCUAUAAAGGU